AUGGCCUCGAAACAAUCUUCAAAACAACCCAUUAUUUCCCUCCGGACAAAAUUCUACACCAUCUCUCUAAUCCUCUUCCUCUGUUUUUCCUCUUACUUUCUCGGCCUCCGCCAACAACCCUCCUCCGCCGCUAUCCCCCGAUGCACCACCCUCCAAAACACCACCAUCACCGCUGCAGCAAAACCUUUUCCGGCAUGUGGGUUGAAUUACAGCGAGUACACGCCAUGUGAGGACACGCAUAGGUCUCUGAAGUUCAGCAGAGAUAGGCUGAUUUACAGAGAGAGGCAUUGCCCGGAGAAGGAGGAGUCGUUGAAGUGCCGGAUUCCUGCGCCUCCCGGAUACCGGAAUCCGUUCGCGUGGCCAGUGAGUAGAGAUUUGGCGUGGUAUGUGAAUGUGCCACAUAAGCAUCUGACGGUGGAGAAAGCUGUGCAGAACUGGAUUAGAUAUGAAGGGGAGACGUUUAGAUUUCCGGGCGGAGGGACGAUGUUUCCCGACGGAGCUGAUGCGUAUAUUGAUAAUAUUGGGAAAUUAAUUAAUCUUAAAGAUGGAUCCAUCAGAACCGCCAUUGAUACUGGCUGUGGGGUGGGAAGUUGGGGAGCUUAUUUACUGUCAAGGGACAUCAUAACGAUGUCAUUUGCACCAAGGGACACUCAUGAAGCCCAAGUUCAAUUUGCUUUAGAAAGAGGAGUUCCUGCACUCAUUGGCAUUCUUGCUUCUAAGAGGCUCCCUUAUCCUUCAAAUGCCUUUGACAUGGCUCAUUGCUCUCGCUGCCUAAUCCCUUGGUCUCAAUAUGAGGGCAUCUUCCUCGUUGAAGUUGAUCGAGUUCUUCGUCCUGGCGGGUACUGGAUUUUAUCAGGCCCUCCAAUUAACUGGAAGAAACACUGGAAAGGUUGGGAAAGAACAAAGGAAGAUUUGAAUUCUGAACAGCUUGCUAUUGAAAAGGUUGCCAAAAGCCUCUGUUGGACUAAACUAGUUGAAGAUGGUGAUAUUGCCAUUUGGCAAAAGCCUAUCAAUCACUUGAAUUGUAAAGUAAACCGCAAGAUCACUAAGAAUCCACCUUUCUGUAAUUCUCAAGAUCCUGACAGAGCUUGGUAUACAGAUAUGCAAGCUUGUUUGACACAUUUGCCUGAAGUUUCGAACAGUAAGGAAAUAGCAGGAGGGAAGUUGGCAAGAUGGCCAGAAAGGCUAAAUGCAAUCCCACAAAGGAUUAGUAGAGGAACUGUGGAAGGGGUGACUGAAGAAACUUUCAUUCAUGAUUCUGAGCUAUGGAAGAAGAGGUUGACCUAUUACAGAACUAUAAACAAUCAGUUGAAUAAGCCUGGUCGGUACCGUAAUUUCUUAGACAUGAAUGCUUUCUUGGGUGGAUUUGCUGCUGCUCUGGUUGAUGAUCCAGUUUGGGUGAUGAAUGUGGUCCCUGUGGAUGUCAAAGUCAAUACGCUCGGAGUCAUAUAUGACAGAGGUUUGAUCGGCACGUAUCAAGAUUGGUGCGAGGCAAUGUCAACUUAUCCAAGAACUUAUGAUUUCAUUCAUGCUGAUUCAGUUUUUAGCCUCUAUAAAAAUAGAUGUGAAAUGGAAGACAUUCUACUUGAAAUGGACAGAACUCUGAGGCCAGAAGGAAGCGUAAUCUUUCGAGAGAACAUUGACGUUUUGGUGAAAAUCAAAAUGAUAACUGAUAAUCUGAAUUGGAGCAGUCAAAUUGUGCAUCAUGAAGAUGGACCUUAUCAUAUGGAGAAACUUUUAUUUGCAGUAAAAAACUAUUGGACAGCCCCUCCUGAGCUUUCUGAUCAACAGCAAGAAUCUAAAGCAACUUAACUUCUCACUCAAUUAUUUUUUCCUUCCUCUUCUCUAUAUUUUUUAUGUAACCUUUUCUUUUUUUCUCUUUAUGCUUUAUGAUUAUCCCAUCAAGAAUUAGCCAAAACCAGCUGUUUUCACCUACAUUUUAAUCACUUUUUUUACAGCCAAUUAAAUCACAUUUCAUCUCCCAUUUUUCUCUUUCUUUUGUGCUGUAAUCAUUCAAAGGACAGUGGAUUAUAUCACCAUCUUAUUUGAUGAACUGUGAUAAAUGGGAAUGAAUGAUAAUUUCAAUCUGAGGU